CCAUAUUGAAUGAGGAAAUAAGAGUAGGAACGUCCCGGAUGCAUGUAAACAUCCACGUCAACGCAAAGUAUAUUAAUGAAACAGUUAUAGCGUCGGGGAAUAGCUUGCGUAUUGUCAUUGUCGUACCGUCUGAUGUAUAAUUAAAGGACUGUUAAAGACGCUAGUGUUUUAAGACUUGCGCAAACAAUGACUUCCCUAACGCAGAGAAACUCGGGCCUAGUGCAGAGACGGACCGAGGCCUCGCGUAACGCCGCCGCUGAUAAGGAGAGGAGCUCGGAAGACGAUGAUUACGACUCUCGCCGCGGCGAAGAGGAAGACGAAGACAAGGGAGACUCCAAAGAAACACGUCUGACAUUAAUGGAGGAAGUGUUGCUCCUCGGACUGAAGGAUCGAGAGGGUUAUACAUCGUUCUGGAACGACUGCAUCUCAUCUGGGCUUCGAGGUUGCAUGCUGAUCGAGUUGGCCAUCCGGGGACGCCUGCAAUUGGAAGCCUCAGGAAUGAGAAGGAAAAGCCUUUUGACAAGAAAGGUUUUAUUUAAAUCGGAUUCUCCCACCGGAGACAUGCUGUUGGAUGAGGCGUUAAAGCAUAUUAAAGAAACGCAACCUCCAGAGACGGUGCAGAGCUGGAUCGAGUUGCUAAGUGGUGAAACUUGGAAUCCGUUAAAGCUGCACUACCAGUUGCGAAACGUGCGAGAGCGCUUGGCUAAGAACCUGGUGGAAAAGGGCGUCCUCACCACUGAGAAACAAAACUUCCUGCUUUUUGACAUGACCACCCACCCGCUCACCAACAACACAAUCAAGCAGCGGCUGGUUCGCAAGGUCCAGGAGGCUGUCCUGGAGAAAUGGGUCAACGAGCCCCAACGAAUGGAUAAGCGGAUGCUAGCGCUGCUGUUUCUGGCACAUUCCUCUGAUGUUCUUGAGAACGCCUUUGCUCCUCUGCUGGAUGACCAGUAUGAUCUGGCCAUGAAGAGGGUGCGGUUGCUUCUAGAUCUUGAUCCCGAGACGGAGGCCGCCAAAUCAGGCGCCAACGAGCUGCUUUGGGCAGUAGUUGCUGCUUUCACCAAAUGAGCCUCCAGAAUAGCGAGAAAGGGACUUGACUUUGUGCUCAUGGCAUUGGACUCGGGCCACCGGCCCCAAGCUUGGUUGAUUCAGACUAAUAUUGGUGAUGGUUAUGAUGGAAAUACAGUUUAUGAAGAAGAUGAGGAUGAUACGAUAGAAGGGACCGCUUUUUUCUCAUAGUCACGGAUCUGUCUCUGACCUUCACAAAGAUGUUGCCCUGUCUUCUUUUAAUGGCCAAUAGUUGCUACAUGAUUGCAAUUCACUGUGAGGCUUCUUGUAGUUCAUGAAUUUAGAUGUAAGAACGAAAAGAACAAAAAGAGGGUGUUGAAGUAACUAGGCCAUGACUCUAAUCUUAAUCCGUAAUUGAACAAUAAUCUCAGUCUCCAUGUUAAGAGAACAGCCAAUACUUCCUAUUAUCCAGGCAUGAUGAUCUGUGGCUUCUCACUGACAGGGUUUAGAAAUGAAAAGUUCCUUUUUCAGUGGAAAAUGUUUGCCUUUCUGCAACCUGAUAUGGGGAAGAUCUUGAGUUGAAGGAAAAUAAAUCAUUACACAAUCCUGA